UCUUAUCUCUGUUAGAUUAUUGAAAGUAGGUCCUGCUGUGCUCAUAUUCUUUACUAAGAUAUUUGCCUCUCAAGUCAGGCGAACAAUAAAUAACUUUACUCUAACUCGGACAGGUAAUAAGGUGAUUUGUGCUGCCACCACAGUUUGAAAUUAAAAUUUCAUAGUUUGUUACAAGGAUCAAUCUCAGGUGACAUUGCUCCACUUCCUCCUGCUUACAGUUUUUGUUCAUUACUAUCAUAUAGAAUUUCAUACUGAAUUCGAUUGAUGGAGUUCAGUAAAUUUUGAUUCAUCUGAUGUCAUGUUCUGUACUGUUGCGCAUAUCUAUAUAGAACCGCCACUUAUUAGCAAUUAACUAUUCCAGUCUAUAUAUAAUUAUCAAUAAGUAGAACUAUUCCAGCAGUGAAGUGCCGGCCUGCUACUAGAAUCAAGUGUUUAUUGAUUGCUAAUCUGUUACACAAGUCUUCGGUCAUAGCCUCGUAGGGCGUUCAUUCAGCACAGUUUAGCUGCAAAUCAACACAGUAACCUGUUGGCUGUUGCCGUCAUGACUUCAGACAGUGACACAUUUUUCUCUAUCUGAUAGGUGCCUUCGUUGACUCGUUUGCCAGCUUGCGGCCAAUUCUCUUCUGAUAACAGAUUAUAUCAGGGCCAGAGCUUUAUAUUGUUAAACAGUACCAAAGUUGACUUGGUAAAACAAAAAUAAUGCUUGCGGCCGAUUUUCUUCUGAUAACAGACUAUACCAAGGCCAGAGCUUCAGAUUGCUAUACGUCCUCAGAGUACCAAAAUUGGCUUAGUAAAACAAAAAUAAUGGCGACUUUCACAGCUCCGGUAUCCUCCAUGGAUGCAGCUGCAGCCCUUUGCCUUGUGCUUAUUCUAUCCACCACGACUACCUCUCUUGUCUAUGCACAAGAAACCAACAACGGUGGGUGCAUCACAGAUGAGAGGGAUGCACUGCUGUCUUUCAGAGCUGGCAUCAGAAGCGAUCCACAGAACCUAUUUUCCUCUUGGAAUGGCCAAGAUUGCUGCCGGUGGAGUGGUGUCAGGUGCAGCAACAGGACAGGCCAUGUCGUCAAGCUUGACGUCCGCAACGAUCUCUUCUUUGACGAUAUCUAUCGUAACUGGUACAGUGAAAAUUCUCAUGGGAUGCGUGGGAACAUAAGUUCUUCCUUAGUUGCUUUGCAUCAUUUGGAGUAUCUAGACCUGAGUGGAAACUAUCUCGGUGGAGUGGAUGUGCCCAUACCCAGAUUCUUGGGCUCCCUCCAAAGCUUGAGAUAUCUCAACCUCUCCUGCAUGGAUUUUCAUGGUAAAGUGCCUCCUCAACUUGGUAACUUGUCCAGAUUGCUAUAUCUUGACCUCAACAACAACUGGAAUCUUAAUUCUUAUGGCAUGAUGUUGCACAUCGAGGAUAUCUCAUGGUUGUUGCGUCUCUCUUUGCUAAGGUUUCUCGACAUGACCAGUGUGAAUCUUAGUGCCAUUGGCAAUUGGGUUCAAGUGGUUAACAUGCUAUAUAAUCUAAGAGUCCUUCGGCUCCGUCGUUGUGGACUUGUUUUUCCACAGACACCUAUGGUGCGUUCUAACCUCACAUCACUUAAGAUGCUUGAUCUAAGUGAUACUGGGUUUCACACCAUCAAUCCAACCUACUGGUUCUGGGAUGUUGGCACCAUCAGGCAUCUUGACCUUACAAAUAAUGAAAUUGCUGAAGCAUUUCCAGAUGCGAUGGGAAAUAUGACUUCGCUUGAGGUACUUCGUCUUGGAGGCAAUCAUCUCACCAGUAUAAAGCCCGAAGUACUGGGAAACCUGUGCAAUUUGAGAGUGCUAACACUGUGGUCAAAUCUGAUCAAUCAAGACAUUUCACAAUUUUUGGAGGGGUUGCCUCACUGUGCAUGGAGUAAGAUGGAGUUGUUAGAUAUGUCUUGCACGAAUGUCACCGGGGAAAUUCCAAGGUGGAUAAAUCAGUGGACUGAUUUGAGCACUCUUCAACUCUCCUCCAAUAGGCUUGAAGGAUCAGUACCUUCAGAAAUUGGCAUGCUCGUCAAUCUCAAACUUUUGUAUCUAGACGGCAACUAUUUCAACGGUUCUAUAUCAGAGGAACAUCUUGACUCUUUAGUGAAUUUGGAGGAAUUGGACUUGUCUUACAACUCCCUACACCUGAAGAUCAGCUCAAAUUGGAUUCCCCCUUUUAAAUUGCGCCGGGCAUAUUUCCCACGCUGCAAAAUGGGACCUCAUUUUCCUCUGUGGCUAAAAGGGCAGAAGGGUGUUGUUUAUCUUGACAUUUCAGAUGCAGGCAUAGUUGAUAACCUUCCGGAUUGGUUUUGGAGUGUGGUUUCAAAUGUUCAAUAUUUGAACAUCUCUUUUAACCAAAUCAGUGGCAGGUUGCCAAGGACUCUUGAGUUUAUGUCUUCAGCAGUGAUAGUUGAUAUGAACUCCAACAACCUCACUGGUAUUCUACCACUGUUGCCAAGGCAAUUGGCAGAAUUGGACAUUUCCAGAAACUCUUUAUCAGGGCCACUGCCACGAAACUUUGGAGCUCCGUUUGUUGAAGAGUUGUUGCUUUCUGAGAACAGUAUCAAUGGCACGAUUCCAACAUAUAUUUGUCAGCUGCAGUCAUUAUUGGUACUGGAUUUAGCAAAGAACCUCCUAGCAGGACACCUCCCUGUCUGUUCAGAAGAAACAAAAGAACUGAAUAGAUCCAUUAGAGCUCUAGUCCUGUAUGAAAACAACUUGUCUGGUGAAUUUCCUUCAUUUUUGGAGAGCUGUUCAAAGUUGGUUCUUCUUGAUCUUGCGCACAACAACUUUGCCGGAGAGUUGCCGACAUGGUUAGCAAAUAAAUUGCCAGAUUUGUCCUACCUCCGGUUGCGGCAGAAUAAAUUCUCUGGCUCUAUUCCAGGUCAGCUCACACAGCUUGAACACCUACAGUAUGUGGACCUUGCAGAUAACCGAAUAUCAGGAUCCAUACCUCAUGCGUUGGUCAACUUAAAAGCAAUGAUACAGGAGGACCAAACACUUUGGAACCCCUUAGUGUGGAGUUAUGAAAGGCCAGCAAACCCUGACACGAAUGAUUCACCAAAAUAUGAUGACAGCUUAGCAGUGGUAAUGAAAGGCCAAGACCUUGAUUACACCAGCAACAUCGUUUAUAUAGUUGGCCUGGACUUGUCCUGCAACAGUUUGGUCGGGGAGAUUCCAGAUGAAUUGACUUCCCUGGUUAGAAUGAAUAACCUGAACAUCUCCCAUAAUCAGUUGUCCGGCAGGAUCCCAGAGAAGAUAGGUUCGCUCCAGUCAUUGGAAUCUCUUGACCUGUCAUUCAAUGAACUAUCUGGCGACAUCCCUUCCGGUCUCUCGGACAUCACGAUGUUAAGCAAGUUGAACCUGUCAUAUAAUAACCUUUCAGGAAGAAUACCCUCGGGGAAUCAGCUGCAGUCACUCAUCGACCCAGCAUUGUCGUAUAUCGGCAACAACCAUCUCUGUGGACCUCCUCUUUCCAGGAACUGCUGGGAGCCUGAUGUAACUAGAGGUGAUAUUGAGGAGCAUCAAGACGAGGCGAAGUAUUUCUAUCUUGGGCUGGCUGCAGGAUUUAUCUUUGGUCUCUGGCUGGUGUUCAUUAUCUUCUUAUUUUGUUCAUGUGGUGGGUUUGCAAUAUGCGGAGCCAUGCCAUUGCGCUGGACACGACUGCCCGAAGGAUUGACGCUGCAACAGUGAAGAUCAUGCAGCUCAACUUAGCAUUGCUGGUGCUGGAACUAGUCUUGGUACUAUAAUACUGCAUGAUGUCGUGAUUUGGACAGUUUAAAAAAUAAGGGCAACUAAAAAGAUUGUAAGCCACACCUUUUCAAAGAUGAAGAUUGUACUGUUUGUAUUGAUUAUUUCAAAGUUGUCUAUAUUGUUUUA